GUGUGUGUUGUUUACGUGUUGAAAAAGCUUUGGAUUUAUUGAGAUGAUUAUCCAGCAAAAACUGAGCUAAGAUCUUUAUCACAUUCUACCAGAAUCCUGCUCUGCAGUUGGAGCACUAAAUAUAUGGAUCAAUAUGGCUGACAAGCCAAAACUGAAGAACAACAGGGAUGUUGCUUGUUUCUUCCUCACCAAACACUCAUGGAAAGGAAAGUUCCGUCGCAUUUUCUCCAUCGGCACCAUGGGCGUAUCCACGUACAACCCGAGCUCGAUGGAGGCCACCAACCAGUGGCUCUACGAGGACUUUCUGGGCAUCGUGCCGGCGGCGCGCGGCGGCUCCCCGCACGAGUUCACCAUCCUCGUGCGCAAGGGCAAAAAGAGCGAGACGAUGCGCUUCUCGAGCGAGCACCGCGCCGAGCUGAUCACCGAGGCGCUGCGGUACCGGGCCGGCUUCGGCGAGCCCCAGGAGGAGACCUUCCGUUGUAACGGCUUCAAGCACCACUGGUCGGAGCAGCGGGUCCCGGUGGUGCUGGAGGCCGGCCCGUGCUCGCUAGACCAGCGACACCCGGCUACCGGCGCCCUGGUCGCCUCCUACGCCUACAAGGACGUGGAGGCCGUGGUGCCCGUCUCCGACUACCCCGGAGGGUUCAUUGUUAUCUGCGGCCGCUUCGGCAGGAUGCACCUGUUUGCCUCUGAGAAGCGUGACACUGUGCUGCGGCUGAUGGUGGACAAGGCGGCCCGCUGUGUGGGCGUCAACGUCACCUCCAGGAAGGAGGCCGUCUCCCUGGGCUACUUCACCGAACACCGGCUGGGACACUACAGUACGGACGAGCACCUCACCUCCCUGGCCGAGUUCACCGUGCAGAAGCAGUCGGCGCGGCACCCGGACCCGGUACGCCGCACGCUCUGUCUCACGGAGACGUGUCUGCUGGAGCGCGACCCGGCCAGCUACUCCGUCUGCACCCUGCGGCCGCUCAGCCAUGUGUUCGCGCUGGUGCGACAUCAGGAGAGCGCGCAGACCUUCAGCGUGGAGUACAACGACGGCCAGGUCCGCAGCUACCUCUCCACAGACAGGGACUCGCUGCUGGCCUCGCUGCUGGACAGUGUGCGGGCCGCCGGGAACGUGGACGUGCACGUGCGGUCGACGCCGACACCGCGCGGCCACCGGCUCGGACCGCUGUUCACACCGGUCGAGGAGGAGGUCGAGUCGAUGCACCUCAAGCUGUUGCAGCAGCAGCCGCCGUCCUGGACGGCCGCCGAUGCAGUGGCUAGGUUCAACGCUAACGUCUCAUACAGCGGACUCCUGCACGCCGUCACCGGAGAUAGCCUGUUCGCCGAGAACAAGGAGCGUCUGAUCAACGCGGCGCUGACAUCACUACUGCAGCGCGAGGGGGACCAGGGCGCCCUACCGGCCACGGUGGUGGAGGCCCAGUUCCACGCGCUGCGCCGACUGGUGGCCAGCAAGGCGGGGUUCGCCGCGUUCACCCAGCUGCCCGGGUUCCGAGAGCAGAUCGGUCUGAAGGUGGUACGGGCCCUGAAGCGGGACUGCGACGCCAUCACACACGCGGCGCUGGACAUGCUGGCCGCCCUGCUGCAGCCGAUGCACGCCGACUACGACCUCAAGCAGGAGCAGCUCAACAAGACCAGCCUGCUCAGCUCGAAGGUCUUCCUGGAGAAGCUGCUCGACGUCUGGUCCGCGCACGUGCGUCAGGGCACUGGCGCGCUGGUGGUGUCGGCGUUCCUGGACUUCCUCACGUACGGCCUGUGCGCGCCGUACAGCGAGACCACGGACGGCGCUCAGUUCGACAGCCUGCUGGAGCUGGUGGCCGCCCGCGGACGCUCACUCUUCAAACUGUUCCUGCACCCGUCUCUGGCGAUUGUGAAGGGCGCCGGACUGGUGAUGAGGGCCAUCAUCGGGGAGGGCGACGCCGCCACUGCCGAGCGGAUGCAGGACCUGGCGCUGGCGGAGGGCGCCCUGCCGCGUCACCUACACACGGCGCUCUUCACCCAGUCGGCCGACGGACGGCUGCUCACCCACCGUCAGCUGAGCCGGCAGCUGAUCACGCUGUGGUGCACCGGUCACCAGACUGCCACCGACCUCCUCGCGCGCACCGUGCCGCCCGGUCUGCUGGCGUUCCUCGACUCUGAGGAGUCGGUACCGGCCGACGACGUGGAACGGCUCAACACGCGCGACAACCUGCAGUUGGCCACCGACCAGGCCGGCCGGCCCGUCAACCCCCACCUGCGCGCCCUGAACCAGCAGAUCCGAAACGCCGAGAAGUUUGUCGAGAAACAUGUGGAGGUCGCGCUACAACAUUGGCGGACACGAAUGGGCUACGAAAAGACAACGGAAGAGAAGGUCAGAGAGCGGCCGGUUGUGCUGCGCCGGAGACGCGAGCGUGUCAAAUCGGAGAAAAACUGGCGGCUCUUCUACUACCAGUUCAACCGGGACCACGCGCUGCCACACCUCAUCUGGAACUUCAAGACUCGGGAGGAGCUACGGGAGGCGCUGGAGAACGAGAUGCGGAACUUCAGCACAGACCGAGACCUGGGCGGCAGCGUGGAUAUCUCCUGGAACCACACAGAGUUCGAGGUCCAGUACCACUGUCUGCAGGACGAGAUUCAGAUCGGCGACUAUUACCUGCGCCUGCUGCUGGAGCAGGACGAGGCCCGGCAGCUCGACGACUCGCCAAUUAGAAAGUCUUUCGAGUUCUUCAGCGACCUGUACCACCGGUUCUUGCUGACGCCCAAGGUGGCCAUGAAGUGUAUGUGUCUGCAGGCGAUGGCCAUCGUGUACGGACGUCACCACGAGGACAUUGGCCACUUCUCCGACACAAAGUACAUCGUCAGCAUGCUGGAACGGUGCACGGACCGUGCCGAGCGGGACCGACUGAUCCUCUUCAUCAGCAAGCUGAUCCUGAACCAGCGGAACGUCAAGGACGUGCUGGACGCGGGCGGGGUGAAGGUGCUGGCCGACCUGGUCACCCUCUCACACCUGCACACAUCCAGAGCGUACGUGCCGACCCAGUCGAAUGUGAUCGAGUACGGCGAGGCAGACGCCGAGAGUGGCGAGCGGGAGUGGUACUUCAAACCGGCGGAUGGCGACAGACAGGAUCGGCAGGGGCCGUACACCUUCAAAGAGAUGCGCGGUUUCUGGGAGGACGGCACGCUGUCGGCGCGCUCGCGCUGCUGGGCCCAGGGUAUGGACGGCUGGCGCAGUCUGCAGGCGGUGCCGCAGCUCCGAUGGACCCUGCUCGCCACCGGACAGGCCGUCAUGAAUGAGACAGACAUGGCCGUGACCAUCCUGAACAUCUUCAUCACCAUGUGCGACUUCUACCCCAGCCGUGACGCUGACGGCGCUGUGAUCCGGCCACUCCCGAGGGUGAAGCGGCUGCUCUCCGAGCCGUCCUGUCUGCCGCACAUCGUCCAGCUGCUGCUCACCUUCGACCCCAUCCUGGUGGAGAAGGUGGCCACGCUGCUCACCGCCGUCGUCAGGGACAACCCGGUGGCUUCGAAGCUGUACCUGACGGGCGUCUACUUCUUCAUCUUGAUGUACACGGGCUCGAACGUGCAGCCGAUCGCAAAGUUCCUCCAGCUGACGCACACCUCGCAGGCCUUCCGGUCAGAGGAGCAGAAGGGCAGUGACCUGAUGCAGCGGAGCAUUCUGGGCCAGCUGGUACCCGAGGCCAUGGUCUGCUACCUGCACAACUACGGCGCCGAAAAGUUCGCCCAGAUCUACCUGGGAGAGUUCGACACGCCAGAGGUCAUCUGGAACAACCAGAUGAGGAAGAUGAUGAUCGGCCGGAUCGCGGCUCACCUGGCCGACUUUUCGCCCCGGCUGCGCUCCAACACGCGGGCCAUUUACCAGUACUGUCCGAUGCCACACGUGGUGUAUCCGCAGCUGGAGUCGGAGCUGUUCUGCAGCAUUUUCUACCUGCGCCACCUGUGUGACACGAGUCGAUUCCCCGACUGGCCGAUUGGCGACCCGGUGGCUCUGCUAAAGGACGUGCUACUCGCCUGGAAGCGCGAGGUGGAAAAGAAGCCGCCCAGUAUGUCGGUGGACGACGCCCUGGGGGUGCUGGGCCUCGAGCCCGGACAGAGCCACGACCAGAAUCACGUGCGGAAGGCCUACUUCCGACUGGCGCAGAAGUACCACCCGGACAAAAAUCCCGACGGCAGGGAUAAGUUUGAGGACGUGAACCGGGCGUACGAGUUCCUGUGCAGCCGGUCGGCACGGACUGUGGACGGCCCUGACCCGCACAACAUCGUACUCAUCCUGCGGACCCAGAGCAUCCUCUUCUCACGAUACGGCGACGAGCUGCGUCCGUACAAGUACGCCGGUUACCCGAUGUUGGUGGCCACCAUCCGCAUGGAGACCGAGGACGACCAGCUGUUCAGCAAGGCGGCGCCGCUGCUGUCUGCCGCUGCCGAGGUGGCCUACUACACCGUCCGGUGCUCGGCACUCAACGCCGAGGAGCUGCGCCGGGAGAGGGGACUCGAGCUGCUGCAGUCGGCGUACAACCGGUGCUGCUCGGUGCUCUCCAAGUCGUCCCGGCCAGAGGACGUGGCCGUACAGGUGUGCUCUCACGUGUCGCGCUGCUACACGGUGGCCGCCCAGUUCCAGCAGUGUAGGGAUAAACUCAUCGAGAUGCCACAGAUCAUCCAGGACCUCUGCAGAGUGCUCUAUUAUAAGCGUCUGACCCACCUCUGCGUGAUCGGCGUGGAGUGCGUGUCGGCGUUUGCGGCCGACUCGAUCCUCCAGCUACACAUGAUGCAGGCCGGCGUGCUGUGGCACCUGCUGCUCUUCCUCUUCUACUACGACUUCACACUCGACGAGGGAGGCGUGGAAAAGUCGGAGAGCUCCAACCAACAGGAGGCCGCCAACACGCUGGCCAAGAAGUCGCUGCUGGCCCUGGCCCGUCUGGCCGGCUACCUGACCGGCGACGAAGAGACACCGCCCAACAAGGCGAUCGACGCUGCUCUGAUGGCCAUGCUGACACCCUACCUGGUCCACCUGCUGCGACAGUACAAAAUGAACGAGGUUCUAAAGCUGCUCAACAGCAACACGGAGAGUCCGUACAUCAUCUGGGACAACAGCACCCGGACCGAGCUGCGGGAGUUCCUCAAGGAGCAACAGACGAGCAAGAUACGCACCGGCGAGAGCGACCCCAACUUCGGCGCCGAGUUCCGCUUUUCGGCGCACAAGGACGAACUGGUGGUGGGCAACAUCUUCGUCAGGGUCUACAACCAGCAGCCCUCCUUCCCGCUCGAGAACCCCAAGGGCCUGGCCAUCGACCUGCUGGACUUUAUCGGCUCCCUGGCGCAGUACCUGCAUAGCCUGCAGGCUAUGGCUGCCUCGCCGGCCGACACCAGCGACGCCAGCGGCACCAAGGUGAAACACGCCGAGAUGGCGCUCGAGGCGCUCGCCAACGUCAUACAAAACAAUCCAGCGGAGCCGCGGGAAUUAGGCGUGGAGUUCCAGUGUAUCGGCCACUUCUCUCUACUGUUCGGACUGCUCCGUCUGGAGGGGAUGACCGGGGUACAGCAGCGGGCCCUGAACGCCAUCUCCUGUGUCACCGGAAACCAGGAGUGUGUGAACGACAUCGCGGCCUCCGAGGUGGUGACGUCGCUGCUGCUGCUGCUGCACAGCCUGCCGUCGGCGCUGCUGCAGUCCCUGGACACGCUGCACGCGCUCAUGUCCAACACCAAAAUCGUCAAGGACAGCAUGAGUCGCGGCGCGGUGAUUUACCUGCUGGACCUGUUCUGUAACGCCACCCACCCGGACGUCCGAAACAAGACGGCAGAGCUGCUGGCCAAAAUGCUGGCCGACAAACUGGUCGGACCGAAGGUUCGUCUGACGCUGCUGCGUUUCCUACCACCGCUCUACAUGGACGCGAUGCGCGACUCACCCGAGAGCAGCGUUCACAUGUUCGAGUCGGUGCAGGAGAACCCGGAGCUCAUCUGGAACGACGAGGCGCGCGAGAAGAUCUGCGACACCGUGCGGCGGCUCAAAGUGGCGUUCUACCAGAAGCAGCGAGCCGACCCGAACGCCACAUGGAAGCUGCCUGACAACUUUGCUGUGCAGUUCACCAACGUUCAGGGCGAGGUGGUGGUGGGCGGCGUGUUCCUGCGUCUGUUCGUCGCCAACCCUGGCUGGGUGCUGCGCCGUCCGCGGGAGUUUCUGACCGAGCUGCUGGACACGGCGCUCUCGCUGAUGCAGCAGGCGCCGCCCGGCCAGCCGGACGUGCUGGAGAUGGUGGCCACGGCCACCGUGCAGCUGCUGCACGCCCAGCCGGCGCUGCUCGACGCGCUGCCCGCACAGGGCCACAUUCCGCGCCUGUUCAAGGCGAUGAAUGGUAAAAACGACGGCGUGCUGCGGGCCUGUCUGAUGAUCGUCCACCAGCUCGCUGAUAACGAGGCAUGUACGAAGAGUAUCGGUCAGUCCGAGUGUAUCAGUCCGCUGGUGCACGCCAUGAAGGCGCGCCGCGACAUGGUGGGCGUGGCGUGCGACACGCUCUACCGGCUGUUCUCUCGAGACAGCGAGCCGCUCGUGCAGCAGGCCCUGGACGCCAAGCUGGUCCAGUACCUGCUGACACUGCUUGACGGCAGACUCGAGUCGGACAACCCAGCGGCCGUGAAGGCUCAGAUCGUGAAGGCGUUGAAGGCGAUGACACGCAGCCUGCAGCACGGCGAGCAGGUGUCUGCGAUCCUGAACCGGUCGCAGGUGUGGCCCGAGUACCGUGACCAGAAGCACGACCUCUUCAUCACCAGUACGACCACGGCCGGCUACCUCACCGGCGGCACGCCCGGCGUGGCCGGCUACCUGACGGCCGGCACUGCCAAGAUGAUGCCGGACGCGCCGCCGGACGUCGACCAUGAGGACAGCUUCAACACGAGCGGCGGCCUCCUAUAGCGGCCGCCCUAGUCGGCUCAGAAGCCGCCGACCGGCCGGGGGCUGUGACAUGUCCCGGCCCGGGUCAGGAGCGGUUAAACCGCCAGGCGGACCGCGACCCAGCGGUGGUUAGAGCGUUUCCAGAGCCCAUGGGCUUUUUGUUAUCCGCACGUCGAAGCGUCGGCCCAAUACUACAAGUGAUAUUUUAUGUGUAUGUAUCGCAUGCGUUCGCCAGGAGCGUCAGGGAGGGUGAGAGUGUGAGUGUAUAUAUGUGCUCAGGAGACGGGAAUAUGUUGUGUAGUUAGGAGCGCAGACAGGGCUCGGCAGGUGGACGUUUGAGUGGCGGCGCCGGCGAGAUGUUGAUUAUCCGAGAUAUGACCGGCCUGGGUUGGUGUGGGGGCGGGGAGGGGUGAGGGGUGCCUGGCACCUGUCUGUGGUCGGCGGACGGCUCAGGUGGCCGGCCGGCCGGCCGAUCCGCCCCGACGGACGCUUUGCCGCUGUCUGGCUGGUCCGCCAUUCCUGUGCGCUGCCGCCGCCGGCCGAUAUAAUCAUGUGAUAGCCCGUUAUCAAAGUCCGAUGCAUGCGGAGACAUUCGCGGAUGCGUCGGUCGGGCUCGGCCAUCCGUCUUAUGAAUAUUUAUCUCGGUGCUCGUCGCAGUGUGCGUUACGUGUGUGUAUAUUUUGUACAGUGAGGCCGCCCGGCGCGGUGCCCAGUCGCACUGUGCGGCACGGCCGCCGACGGAAGUGGCACUAUCAUAUAUUCACCGAACGCAUCAAAUAGAUGAUUCAAUAUUGAACAGA